AUGGAGGGGGAGUUCGGCUUGAGGCCACGGGUCGAGCACUACCUGCGUGGUGGACCUGCUGGGCCGGGCGGGGGAGCUGCUGGGGGGCCAACGGGUGGUGGACGAGAUGCCGGUGGCGCCCGACCUGGUCGUGCUGGGCGCCCUGGCCGCCGCCAGCCGCAUGCACGGGGGUCUCGAGCUGCUGGGCCUCGCAGCUGA